UAAAACCCAACCCCCGUCCUCCCCUCUCUCUCUCUCUCCCUCUCUCCCUACAAUCAAAAUCGCACUCGAACAUCAUCAUCAUCUUCUCCAAUCUCUCGUGCGCCUCCGAUUCUCCGAUCGAUCGACCGGCUCCGUACCUCCGAACCUCCGACCUCCGUUCCCGAGUCCCGGAACCGUGCUUUCCUGAUGGCGGACGACGGUAAGCAGGCGACCAAAACCGACGUGGGCGAGGCCCGCGAAGAGCGGCAGGAGAACCCUGGGGGGCCCGCCGGCGACGGGCUCGCCCCCGUCGCGUCCGAUGGCGGCGACGGCUCCGGGCGAUCGCGGGCGGGGAGCGAUGGUGGGGUGGAGGAGGAGGAGGCCUCGGCGGCGGCGGCGGCGCAGGAGCUGCCGCAGGCGAAUCCGCGGUCCUCCAGCAGGACUCCGUUCACCGACUUGAGUCAGGUCGAUGCCGACUGGGCUCUCGCCCGUGCGCUGCAGGAACAGGAAAGGGCCUACAUGAUGCUUAGACUGAAUAAUGACGGCAGUGAUUAUGGAAGUUGGGAAGGCGGGAGCUACAUACCGGACGAGGAUGAUUUCGAGGAUCCUGAUGAAGAAACCGAUGAUGAGGACAAUGACGUUGAGGGCUCGUACGAUGGCACUGAUAUGGAUGAUGAAGAUGCCUUUGAUGUGCAUGCUGCUGAAGAUGCUAAUGGAGGUAGCAACCAAGCUGCUGAACUUGAGUCAGAAAACGUCUCAAGUGAUGAGGCCUAUGCCAGAGCUUUACAGGAUGCUGAGGAGAGAGAAAUGGCAGCUCGAAUGUUGGCCCUUGCUGGGCUAAAUGAUCGGGCUGUUGAAGAAGAAGAGGAUUCUCCCGAUAGUCAGGACACGUGGGAGGACGUCGAUCCAGAUGAACUUUCAUAUGAGGAGUUGAUCGCGCUAGGUGAUGUGGUUGGAACUGAGAGUAGAGGGCUUUCAGCUGACACAAUUGCUUCUCUGUCUUCUGUUAGCUAUAAGACAGGCAGCAGUCAGAAUGGCACCAAUGAUUCGUGUGUCAUUUGCCGGUUGGAUUAUGAGGAUGGUGAGAGGCUAACUGUGCUAACUUGCAAACAUUCAUAUCAUUCAGAAUGCAUAAACAAUUGGCUGCAAAUAAACAAGGUCUGUCCUGUUUGCAGUGCCGAAGUCUCUGGAUCUGCGAACAGCUAGUGAAGUCUUGUGGAGGCUACAUGCUAGCUCAAAUAAUAGACGUAGGAGUUCAGUUCUUUAAAAUGGCUAACGACCCGAUUCAUACUCAUGCUCCUUCUGCAAGAAAAGACUAUAUUGUCUUUGCAUCCUUCUAAUCCCUGGCAUGGACUUGAUCAUUCUCUUAUGGUUAUAUAUGAUGAUAUAUAAAAGGAUUUGAGGUUCUGUUUUUCUUUUUU